AUGGUCCCCCGCUGCUUCAUCAUCCGCCACGGCGAGACCGAAUGGUCUCUCAAUGGGCGACACACCGGAUCCACCGAUCUCCCGCUAACAGCCAACGGCGAGAAGCGGAUCCAAGCAACAGGCAAGGCAUUGGUAGGCGACGACCGACUAAUCGUGCCUAAGAAGCUAGCCCAUGUGUAUUUCCCCCUUGUCUCCCUCCCCGGUUUUAUUUUGGACAAGCCAUUCAUGUCAUUCCUCUACGUCUCUCCCCGCACCCGCGCCCAACGAACCCUCGAACUCCUCGAAAUAGGCUGCAAAGAGCGACUCCCCUGGACCGACAAGCGGAAGUCCGAGAACGAAGAGCCUAUCCGCACGGAGGCACAUGUGCAAAUUACGGAGGCGAUUCGCGAGUGGGAUUACGGCGAGUAUGAGGGGUGGACCAGCAAGCAGAUCCAGGAGAGUCGCAAGCAGAAGGGGCUGGGGCCUUGGGAUAUCUGGAGGGAUGGGUGUCCUGGUGGGGAAUCCCCCGAGGACGUAAAACAGCGCCUCGACGCCCUCAUCUCCGAGAUCAAAGAGAAAUACCACCGGCCGGGCUUCGAGAACCCGGAUUGCGCGAAGGGAGAUGUGCUAGUCGUUGCGCACGGACAUAUCCUGCGCGCGUUCGCGAUGCGCUGGACAGGCAAGCCGUUGACGGAUACGUCGCUGAUUCUGGAGGCGGGCGGUGUUGGCACACUGAGCUAUGAACAUCAUAAUAUUGACGAGCCGGCGAUUAUUCUCGGGGGUGGGUUUGUCGUUGAGUAG